CAUGGUGGUCGUUGUAUGUAAUACUUUUACCGGCGGAUGUAGAACAGUCGUAAUCAUGCGUAAAGAGGACUCUACUGAACACACAUAUUCCUACUUAUGUGGCUCAUCCUUGUACAUACAAACAUCUACAUACAGGAAAUGCUGCUGAAGAAAGUUGGAAUUUAGACGCAAACAACACCACCUAAAUAGGUCGAGGAUGUACCACCAUCAACGGGACAGUCUACGUAGGAAUCAUGUCACUCUGGUAGAUGAGCUGGAUCCAAAUGACGUGUUUGACCAGUUACAACAAGAUGGCGUCCUUACAGAGAGUGACCAUGAACUUAUCAACACGGGUAAAACAAGGAAGGAGCGAUGUCGGAUGUUACUGGGAAUUCUUCCCACUCGUGGCCCUGACGCGUACGGUUCCUUUAAGAAUGCCUUAAAACAAAGCUGUUCGCAUCUAGAACAAUUGUUGCAGGACGGACCGGAAAGUACCACUAAGGCAUAUGAAAGUGUUGAUGAAUGUUUCAAUAACAGACGCAGCUCAGAUUCACAGGGAAAUAAACAGCAGUUAUGUUCGAAAUGUCAGCUAUUUAUUCCUAUUUAUAUUAUUGACCCCGGUUUAAGGAGAGCGUUGCAACAAAAUUGCUGCUUGAUACUACACAAUAUAGAAGCUAAUGACUUAUUAGAUUUGCUGUACCAAGAAUCUAUUCUAGAUAGACAUGAUUGUGAAUUCGUAAAGUCAAAGAAAACCCGAAGGGACAGAUGCAUUGCUAUGUUAAGGAAAUUAUCAACAUGUCUUAAUAGAAAUAUGUUUAACGUUUUCAAAGAGUCACUGCGGAAAAAAUAUGGCUACAUAGCUAAACAAAUCUCAAAAAUCUAUCACGACUCCUCUUUGGCAAUGUUUUGCGGACCCGGAUGUGACGUUAGGAGCGAGGCGGAAGUCGUAAUGAGUGAUGCACGUGCCAUACUGAGUGACACGAGAUGUUCGUAUCCCAUUCUUCGUGAAGUGAUGCGAAGGGGUCUUGGAGUCGAUACAGCGAAAUUACCAGCAUCGAACACGCGUCUUGCUUUCGGAAAAAUGGAUGUGAAUGCCAUGACGAAUAUGAGAAAAAGAGACAAGCACAAUAUUGGCAAAAUGGACUUAAAGACUACUUAUGGUAUCGAUUUAUCGCGUGCGAUUAAUACAACAUGUUGUCAGAAAGCAAGAUAUCAUACAAACUGCUGUUUUCCAUCCUCGAAGCUCACAACAUAUUGCCCGACAGCUGUGUGCUCGGAUUCAUCGGAGGAAGACAAUUUGAACAAAGCAAUACGCCAAAGGCAGACCACGCGGAUAAAACAUAAAAGGGGCAAAAACGUUUCAUCUGAAAUCGUCGAAUACAUUCCGUAUCAUCCAACGUAUCGGCAGACAUUACCAGAGUCUUGUGAAAUACGUAAACGAGGCCAAGAAACUGUGUUCAACUCUCUUAGUACACUAAUCAACCAAGGACAAUAUGAGCAAUUUGAGAAGUUUGCUUUGGGAAUCCAGCAAAAACAAAGCAGUGAUAAAGACAUCAUGUGUAUUCUAGAUUAUCUGUUCGCCAGCAGGUUCUUGCAUGCAGCAGAUGUGGACUCUGCUAAAACGUAUAUUGAAUCUGGACUCAAAUUAGCACAAGCAACAAGUUAUCCAAAAUAUUUUACUUUAGAAUUUUUAACCUCUCAAACUCGGAUGUUAAGUAUCAAAAGAAAGUUUGAAAAGCUACAGAGAACGCUAGACGAUGCCAAGAUGAUGAUUGAGGCAGAUCCAGCCUGUUGUACAGGGCGAGCUGCCGGCUGGUUAUACAUGAAUGAUGUCAAACAUUUGAUGGUCCAAAUAUCCAUGUUAAACACCAAAAGGUCAAAUUAUCCAUCAGUUUAUGAACAUCUUUACAAGUUGGGAAAGAACAGCUGUGAGAAGUCAUUAGAUCAUUUUAAACGAGAAGAGGGAAAUGAUGGACCUUUCGGCUUCGUAUUUGCUUUGUGUCGAUUAAUAAUAUUGCUACUUCGGUGUGGUGACAGAGGCAUGUAUAAAGUAGGCGUGUCACCUAGUGCUGAAGACAUUGAACUUGCUGGACGGUAUCUACGCCAAAUCGAAGAUUCUGAUAUUCCGAUCCCAACAUUUUUGAAGGUCCCGCUCUUGCUCGCUAAGAGCGACUAUCAUUAUCGUCGUCAACAUAUUAUUAGGGCUUUGGAAUACGCGGAAGAGGCAUUCAUCCUCAUUACAAAAAAGAGUAUAUUAGAGUUCAAGGAGCAAGCUUUAAAUAGAAUGACUUUCCUCCGUACACAGCUAGAUGCUGAAACGAACAACUCAUUUUCACCAAUAGAGACUAGGUUUAUGAAUUUGCCAUUAUAAAUUGAAGUUUCUGACGACCAGAAUUAUUCAUAUACUUUAAAGCACUCUAUGAUGUACAUAAUACCAAGGCAAUUUGAUAUACAUAAUACCAAACCAAUGUGAUAUACAUAAUACCAAACCAAUGUGAUAUACAUAAUACCAAGGCAAUGUGAUAUACAUAAUACCAAACCAAUGUGAUAUACACAAUACCAAGGCAAUGUGAUAUACACAAUACCAAGGCAAUGUGAUAUACACAAUACCAAACCAAUGUGAUAUACAUAAUACCAAACCAAUGUGAUAUACACAAUACCAAGGCAAUGUGAUAUACACAAUACCAAGGCAAUGUGAUAUACAUAAUACCAAACCAAUGUGAUAUACAUAAUACCAAACCAAUGUGAUAUACAUAAUACCAAACCAAUGUGAUAUACAUAAUACCAAGCCAAUGUGAUAUACACAAUACCAAACCAAUGUGAUAUACAUAAUACCAAGCCAAUGUGAUAUACACAAUACCAAACCAAUAUGAUAUACACAAUACCAAACCAAUGUGAUAUACACAAUACCAAACCAAUGUGAUAUACAUUCCGACUGUAUGUUGUCGUUAUAUAUCCGUGCGUAUCUUCCCAAAAGAUACUAGCGAUAAGUAUAUAUCUGCUGAAAAAGUUAUUCUCAUUAACACAUACCAAAGUACAAACGUAAUCAUUUGGCGCACUCAGAGCUAAGCGCAUUAUUCAAAUACUAACAGAUUGGCGCAAUGGUGAAUUGACGUACAAACACUACUUGCUAUUGAAAGAAAAUGAAAUUAACUCAAUCAUAAUGUUCGAAAACAAAAAACCCAAAAAAACCUCGUGUCGUAUGACUCUACCAGUAUCUGAUAGAGCUAAUACUAGUUUAUUUAUAUACUGAUUUAUAUGCUGAUUAUAUACGGAUAUUUAUACUGAUUUCGGGUUAAAAGUGGGCGUUACUUGGCUGAUUAUUUCCACAGGAAACAGUCAUUAUUGAAUACUCAUGAUAAAUUGUUGAAAUGCAACUUCAUUCCAGAUUAUAUAAUGCUGAUAUCACAUAGAUUUUUAGAUGUUUUACCUGGACAAAAUAAAACAAUAAAUUUCUUUUUUAUGGCUGAUUCUAGUCAAACAAAAGUUAUCGGAUAUCGUCCUGUCGUGACAACUCACCGUAAAAUGAACACGUGAAUAGAGCGUACUCUGUACUGAAUACAUUGGUUUUAUUGGGUAUUCAAAUACAGGAUUCAGGUUACUUAAUCAAUAAUAUAGCAGAUACAUAAUUGAUAUAACUGUAAACUUAGCAAAUAUAACUGAUAUAAGUUUAUUAAUGUAACGAAUAUUAGCUAAAACAACUGAUGUUACUUUAGCUAAUUUAACGAAUACAAUUUUAGUUAAUAUAACUGAUGUAAUUAUAAUCAAUAUAACUGAUGUAACUUUAGUUAAUAUAACUGAUGUAACUUUAGUUAAUAUAACUGAUGUAACUUUAGUUAAUAUAACUGAUGUAACUUAAGUUAAUAUAACUGUAUAACUUUAGUUAAUAUAACUGAUGUAACUUUAGUUAAUAUAACUGAUGUAACUUUAGUUAAUAUAACUGAUGUAACUUUAGUUAAUAUAACUGAUGUAACUUUAGUUAAUAUAACUGAUGUAAAUUUAGUUAAUAUAACUGAUGUAACUUAAGUUAAUAUAACUGAUGUAACUUAAGUUAAUAUAACUGAUGUAACUUUAGUUAAUAUAACUGAUGUAACUUAAGUUAAUAUAACUGAUGUAACUUUAGUUAAUAUAACUGAUGUAACUUUAGUUAAUAUAACUGAUGUAACUUUAGCUAAUAUAACUGUAUAACUUUAGUUAAUAUAACUGAUGUUACUUUAGUUAAUAUAACGAAUAUAACUUAAGUUAAUAUAAAUGAUGUAACUGAUAUUACAAGAAUGCAUCAAUCACUUAUAGACAAGAUGGAAAUUACUGGUGGACUGAAUCAAUUGAUUGUUAUAACUGUAUUUUUAUAAUCAUUAUGUAUAUUGUUCGAAGUUGUGCGAGAUGUUGCGGUGACUCAUCAUCACAUUUUAGUGCAUAGAUGGAUAUGAUGUUCACUUCCUCACAAACUGUCUACCAAAUCGUACACAAAUUAUAUAAUGUACGGAUGUAAAAUAUUUCCGUAUCGGUUAUGACAUUGUCGGUCAAGCUUGAUUGCUGUCCUGGUGAAAGGAAGUAACUUAGGCAGAUCAGAAUGCGGUUAUGUUGGCAAUGCACGUUAAUGUCAUAUAUGAUUUGAGCAAGCGAAGCUUACAUGUAUUUAAAUGUUAGAUAAUUCAACGUUUACUGAAUGUAUAAUUUUAAGAACAAUAUGACUUUUAUGUAACCCGAUUUUCAGAUAUUGUUGUAAUUCUCUAUAACAGUCAAGAACUAAAAUAAUUUUUUUUGACAAGGA